AUGUCGGCCAAGAAAUUCAACAUCGUUGCUUUCGGGGGAGACUAUGCUGGUCCCGAGGUUAUGGCCGAGGGCCUCAAAGUCAUGAACCAGAUUCUCAGUCGUUAUCCUGAUGUCGAAUGCGAUAUCAAGUCCUACGAGUUGGGCGGUACCAGCUUCGAUCUUCAUGGUGAAGCCAUUCUACCUGAAGCCCUGGAGGCUGCCAAAACGGCCGACGCUGUGUUGGUAGGGGCUGUUGGUGGUCCUAAAUGGAAUGGUCGUGUGCCAUCAGUAGAGUUCCAAAGCCUAGGCGCUCUACGGCGCGAGCUGCAACUUUACGGCAACCUACGGCCCAUCAACUUUGCCGCGCCGUCGCUGGUCGACGACUCACCUCUCAAAGCCGACAUUGUCAGGGGCACCGACAUCUUGAUGAUCAGGGAGCUGACGGGCGGCAUUUACUUUGGCGAAAAGUCACGGGGCGACCGCGUGGCCUUUGACACGGACAAGUACACGUACGAAGAGGUUGAGCGAGUCGCCCGGCUGGCCGGGUCCCUGGCGCGGCAAAAGAACCCCCCACUCCCCGUUGUCAGCCUCGACAAGGCCAACGUACUCAUGGCAUGCGGAGCGUUUUGGCGCCAGGUCGUCGGCGAGGUCUUUGCCAAAGAGUUUCCAGAUGUGCCGCUGACCCACCAGCUGGCUGACAGCGCCGCCAUGAUCCUGGCUUGCAACCCUACCAAGCUCAACGGCAUCAUGCUGGCCAGCAACCUCUUUGGUGACAUACUCAGCGACCAAGGCAGUGUUAUUGCGGGAAGCAUUGGCCUUCUGCCUAGCGCCAGUCUUUGCGGAAUUCCUACAGCUGGAUCUGGAAUGAUUAAGGGGUUAUAUGAACCAAUUCAUGGCUCCGCUCCUGACAUUGCAGGGAAGCAGGUUGUAAAUCCCAUAGGAAUGAUUCUCUCCAUAGCCAUGAUGUUCAGAUAUUCACUAGGUAUGCCUGAAGCGGCUGAUCUGAUCGAGACGGCUGUCAGGGACACGAUCGAGGCCGGGGUUCGUACAAAGGACAUGGGAGGAAAUGCUUCGACCAAAGAGAUUGGUGACCAUGUAGUCCAGGUUCUCUCGAAGCUCGGAUGA